CAGAUAACUAUCAGUUGCUGUAUAGGAGUUGUUCAGCAAGUUUUGUGCCUUAAAAAGUGCGAAAUACUUGUGAGACAUAAAUAAUACGGAUUCCUGAAUAAUAUUUUGGACAAACAUUGAAUACAAUGGCUGCCAAAGCCAUCAUCGCUUGGUUUGUAUCCAUUCACAGCAUAUUAACGGCAGUGAAUCGAUUGGAGUCGGUUCUGGUCGACGCCGUCUCUCCCGUCUCUUUCUAUGCGGACAAUCGCUUCGAUCAGACCAUUGCUUAUAAAUAUUUGCCGUCAAAUGAUCGCAAAGAAAUGCAAACCGAAAUACUCAGUCUUCUGGGCCUUCAUCACAGACCCAAACCUAGAUCUCAUGUGACUGAGAACUCGGCCCCAAAAUAUCUAAUAGAUUUGUACAAAUCGUUUCUCGAUGAAGAUAGCGGUAAUCUGAAGAUAACAAGCAGUAAAGCACCGGUGGUUAUCGAGGGGGAAGUGCUCAGCAAUAAUAGCCUAAACGCUAUUAACGAUUCCGAUAUUAUCAUGAGUUUUGUGAAUCAAAUUCACCGAAAGGCACCGCAUUUGCGACACGACAGGGACAGGAGGUUCUGGUUUGAUGUGAGCGAAGUAUCGCCCGAAGAGACCCUAAUGGACGCCGAACUGAGACUGUUUCGCGACCUAACGGACAGUAGUCUGCCGUCAAACCUGACAUAUCAUUUGACUUUAUAUACACUCUCAGAGGGAGACGAUCCACAGUUCGUAUAA